AUGGCGAUCGCAAAGCUCAUCCCUUUCGUUCAAAAACCUAUCGAUAUCGAUAAACCUCCGACUGGGUCGGAGCGUAUCACAAUCGAGCGGAUUCCCAGGGGACAUCAUAAACUGGGACAUUACAUCGUCAGAAUCCAAGCGCAGGAAAGAGACAUCGACCGCUGUCCGUGGGUCUAUUACGAAGGCCAUCUGAUGAGUACCUUUGAGAUGGAGCGCAAGAAGAACCCUCAUGCGAAGCCCCAGCAUGGAGUCAUUCAUUGCGGCAGGUACUGUCAAAUUUACAAGGAGGCAUUUCGUUCGGACUCCCAGAUGUAUGGCCACCGCUUUCCCGGUCUCUUUCAGCUCUAUGGCGCCAAUGGCGUGGUCACCUUUCAUGAGAAAUCGGAAGAGAUGACUUGUUUCUAUAACAUGGUGCCGUUUGACCUGCGGUUUCUUCUUCGUCGACGCCGUGAACUGCACCUGGAUUGA